AUGUCUACUCCAGUUGACACCUCUUUGACCGGCCUCAAGGAAAUCACUGCCAAGAUCAUGGCCAUCAUCACCGGCGCUCGGCAGCUUCCUCCGGGCCACAGCCACUUUUCUCUGACAACCCAGGCUGAUGUGGUCCGGCGCUAUGGGAGUGGUCCCUACCUUCCGGGUCUCGUCUUGCCCAACUGGCACAGCAUCGGGUAUGAUGAUACCCGUUUGUUGACGCACCCCUGGCGCAGCAAGGUUCUUGCCUGGGAGGAGUUAGGUGAUCACACCUUCGAUCUCCCAGUCGUGGCCAGUCCUUCAAUAGGUCCAAUUCCUGUGGAUCUUCCACCCUGGCCUGUCAUCGCCGGGCCUUCUACCAACCCUGCCUCCGAGUCCCGGGAGAAGGGAAAAGGUAAGGCAGUAGUCCCGGACCCGGAACCAGAAGUGGAAGGGAGUCAGAAGAGGAAGUCUCCAAUGAUUCCAGCACUUCCCUCCCAACCCCCGAAGUCCACUAUGAAGACUCGGAAGCAGGCAAAGACCACCGGCCUUGCCAAAUUCAAGGUGUUUGUUGAGUUGGAAGAUGAGGAGGACUCAGUCACUCAGCCGAUUUCACGUGGAGUGCCAGAGGUCGUCCUCCCCCAGCUCUCCCCAGAUGUUGCAAGGACGUCUGGAUCACCUCGGUUACCCCGUAGCCUGAAGAAGAAACCCUUUGGGCCUGCUACGGCAAUUGCCGGCAAAUGUCCAGAGGUCAUCACACCCCCUCGGGCAAUUCCCAAACCUCCAGUAGAGGCGCCCCCAGUCAUCGAUGCAGGUGAUAUACUCAUUCCCGGACCCGCUUGCCACAAGAUGGAAUGGCCCUGCGCAACUCAGCUUGACAAGAGGACUGGCGCCCCGUGCAUGUCCUGCGUCUACUGUACCACCAAGAAGAUCAAGUGUAUCUCUGUCAAUCCGUCACCCGGACCACCAGGAGGACCAGAUCCAAGACCCCUUCCAAAGCUCCCUCCACAGCUCUGGCUGCCUCGCAAUCCACCAGCCAGACACGGAGUCAAUCUUGGGUCUCUUCUGUCACUCCUGGUCCAUCUUGUGCCCAAACACCAAAGGCGCAAACACACGGUCGCAGCAAGACUGUCACUGCUGCCUCACAGAUGCCCUGGCAAAAUUGUGAAACCGGAUGAUCUGGACAAUCUUUUCUCAGAGUAUGAUUUAGUUGAGUGCUACGGGUUUCGGGCUCGGGAAUCAGAAAAGGACUUCCGGCAAACUGUUGAAGACAAUCUAAUAUUUCCAUGUUAA